AAUAGGCUGUUUUUUUUAUUUUGUGUUUGUAGUAACUAGUGACGAUCAAAGUUCCCCCGCUUUUCCAUUGGAAGCUUUCCCCCUUCACUGUCAUUUCCGGACGCGGCGAAACAGAAGGGAAAAAAAUAUUGCACAGCCAAUGGAAUGGAUUAAUAAAUGACAGUAGCUAGCUAGCAACUCGAAAGUAAUAAUUUCAACCACAAAACAUAUGUGAUUAUCAAAACGGGUAUCCUGGACGCUUGUUUUUUUAAAGUCUCGCUAUAUAUUUGCACCAGUCCAUAAAUGACGGUCCUAUCUGAGGAGACGGUGUUUCCAGGUCUGAAUAGCUAAACUAGUUAGCUGGCUACCCAAUGCUAGCUAGUUAGCGGAUACAUUUCUGCUAACUAACAUUAGAUUGCCAGCCUUGAUUUGGUAUCUGUGGUUAAUCCGAAAAUUGUAUUUGUGUCUCAUCAUUUUUAGCAUUGCCGGUGUGUUUACUUAUUUCGUUGCCGUUUGAACGUGUUUUAAAGGCACGACUUAACGUUAACGCUUUGACUCCUUCGCUUGUGGGCUAGCUAGGUAGCUAGUAGAAGGUCAACAUUGUUGAACCCUGCUAGCUACAGCUGACUACAGUGGGUGGGAUAGACACUUAUCAGCAAACCGUCAGCUGCAGUUAUGUGUAAUGAGAUAUAAACAGAGUGGGUGUUUUCUGCUAUCCAGAUCCAGACAGUUGUUCAUUAGUUAGUCAUUAGCUAGCUAACUGGGAAAGUAGCUAUAACAUUACCUGCUGGCUAAAGUUACUCAAUUCUCUCCAACCAUGAUCAAGUUGAUGCGCACGAAAAUACCUCAAUAACAACAGACAAUACUUGGAAAUAUGGAUUUCACGUGGACUUCAGCCAUACUUCAAAAUCCUCCGAUUCUACUUUCAAAAUUACAUUUUCAAACUACUGUCUUAGCUACUUUUUGAUUUUUGCUGACAGGACAACUUUCCCUGUUUUGUUUUGGAGAGUAUUGUUUUGACUUGGGAUCUCUGGUAGAUUUUUGCAUGGUAGUUAGUUUCUUUCUCAAUAACAGAGUGGACAAUGAAUGGCCUAUCUGUCAGUGAGCUAUGCUGCCUGUUCUGCUGCCCCCCCUUUCCGAGCCGUAUUGCUGCCAAGCUUGCCUUCCUGCCUCCUGAGCCUACAUAUUCCCUCCUCCCAGACCUAGAGGGGUCUGCAGCAACGGGGACAGCAGGGACCGCAGGGCUGAGAUCCAGAGCUAGUGGGGUACCUGGAGCUGCUGUAGGGGGUUCAGUCAGCACUGGUCCUGCAGAAGGAAAAUGGAAGCUCCACCUGACAGAGCGAGCCGAGUUCCAGUAUUCCCAGAGAGAACUGGAUGCUACAGAUGUGUUCCUUACCCGCUCCAGUCGUGGAAACAGAGUGGGAUGCAUGUACAUCCGCUGUGCCCCCACUGCCAGGUUCACAGUGCUGUUCUCUCACGGCAAUGCGGUGGACCUUGGCCAGAUGAGCAGCUUCUAUAUCGGCCUGGGAACGCGUAUCAACUGCAAUAUCUUCUCCUACGACUACUCUGGCUACGGUGUCAGCACGGGCAAGCCUUCAGAGAAGAACCUCUACGCUGACAUUGACGCCGCCUGGCAGGCCCUGCGCACACGAUAUGGCAUCAGCCCAGAGAACAUAAUCCUGUACGGGCAGAGCAUUGGCACCGUGCCCACGGUCGACCUGGCAUCUCGGUAUGAGUGUGCUGCCGUGGUGCUCCACUCCCCCCUCACCUCUGGCAUGCGGGUGGCCUUCCCAGACACCAAGAAGACCUACUGCUUUGAUGCUUUCCCCAACAUUGAGAAGGUGUCUAAGAUCACGUCGCCAGUGCUGAUCAUCCACGGGACGGAGGACGAGGUGAUCGACUUCUCCCACGGCCUGGCUCUGUUCGAGCGCUGUCCCAAGGCCGUGGAACCACUCUGGGUGGAGGGGGCGGGACACAAUGACAUCGAACUGUACAGCCAGUACCUGGAGCGCCUGCGCCGCUUCAUUGGCCAGGAGCUGGCCGCACAGCACGCCUGAUACCACCUGAGCCCCCAGUCCUCCUCUGGCUCCGUGCUGUUCCCCUGGUCGGAGUGGGUCAGUGAAAAUGGGUGGCUCUGUCUGGGAAGAGGGGUGAAGCCUGGCCUCUCAGAAUGAAUAAUCCUUCACCUUUUGGUCAACUUUGUCUGGAUGCUCGCAGCCCUGUCUUUUUGUUGUUUUCCAUCUUUUCUGUCCCUGUCAUUAAUACUGGUCAGGGAUUCUCUAGUCCACCUCCCGCCCCGGGGACAGUGCAAGAAUGCAACCCAGACAUGGAGGGCUCUCUACUGGUCUGUCUAAAGCCCCACUCUCUUACCCCAGCCUAACACAACCUCAGAUAGGUCAGGUGUUCCAAACAUGUACUGUUUAACCUCUGAGACAUUUACACAUGAUUCAACUUUAACUAACAACCCUAACAUGGACAAAUAAUUGUGUGAUGAAUAUUUGUCAUUUUAUCUUUUAUAACACAUGACACUGAGCCACUACUUUACAAAUCAUGUGGUAUUGACAGAUUAGUAUAACUGUCCUGUUUGAAAGCAGGUUUGUUGCUCAUGUUUUGUGUGGAAUCUUCUUAGCUCUCUCUCGUUUACAAUUAAGAUGUCAGAUUAAUAGUCUAUGAAUCAUUUGUUUCAUAGACAUAUAAAUCAUACAUUUUUAUCAUUAUUAAGCAUGGAUUCAUUUGAAUCCAUAAAGUGAUUAGAGCAAAAAGUUGCUGAAUUUUUUGCUUUGGCUGAAGUUCAACAUUCAGCCAAAUUAAUUGUUUCAAAAGCAUUCUUAAGUCUCUUGCAUAUCUCUAAGGCACUAAUGAUUUCUAGCUCGGCAACCACUCUUAUGUUUCUAGCUCAGCAACCACUCUUAUGUUUCUAGCUCAGCAACCACUCUUAUGUUUCUAGCUCAGCAACCACUCUUAUGUUUCUAGCUCGGCAACCACUCUUAUGUUUCUAGCUCGGCAACCACUCUUAUGUUUCUAGCUCGGCAAUCACUCUUAUGUUUCAAGCACGGCAACCACUCUUAUGUUUCUAGCUCAGCAACCACUCUUAUGUUUCUAGCUCGGCAACCACUCUUAUGUUUCUAGCUCAGCAACAACUCUUAUGUUUCUAGCUCAGCAACCACUCUUAUGUUUCUAGCUCAGCAACCACUCUUAUGUUUCUAGCUCGGCAACCACUCUUAUGUUUCAAGCACGGCAACCACUCUUAUGUUUCUAGCUCAGCAACCACUCUUAUGUUUCUAGCACGGCAACCACUCUUAUGUUUCUAGCACGGCAACCGCUCUUAUGUUUCACGCACUGAACUAAAUUCACUUCUUACUGGGUUUCUGUCUGAAAUGGUGGUUCCACAUCCAGCUUCAGAUGUUUUCAAAGGCUUUUUUGUAAGUGAUUUACAGAGUUGUACAAACAAUUUCACUUUAGGUAUUUCUAAAUCAGUGAGUUUAUUUCAUACCUCCAAAAACACUAAAUCAUUGUGAAUCACUAAGCUUUUGCCAGUAAUGGCCAUUCACAUAGUAAAUUGGGUCGGGUCAGUUGAGACUAAGCUGGAUGGAGUAUUAACUGAACUUGCUGCUAAAGAUUAGGAUAAAAUGGAUUGAAAAGGGUCACACUCUCCACAUCCAUUAAUGCAGCUUAGUUUGAUGGGAAAUUGAACAGUCAUACAUGUUUCAAUAAUAUUUUUUACGCUGUACAGUAGAGUGGAGCCAAUACACGCUGCUGGUCCCAUAUGAUAUUUGAAAACACUUAUUCAGCCAUGUCAUGUUACAUGUGUGAUUUAGUUUCUUGUUUACUUCAUUUUAGGGUAAAUAACACUUCAUUAUAACAUUAGUAGAGCUAUGGAAUAGGAUGUGCUCUAUUUUGUUAUUGACCACGUUUAUUUUGAGCAGGCUCCCUUUUCAGCUCCAACUAGCCCUUUUCACUCACUUCAUCCUGUUGCCACACUAUUUCAGACAGACUUGGGAUUCCACCAUUUCUGUCCGUCUGUGUGUGAAAGUUGACUUGGACGAAUGCCCAACUUCUCUGGCAUAUGGGGUCCACCACCACAAGAUAGUGGAGAUCCUUGGGUUGGGUUUUGGGGGAGUCAGGAUAACAUGUUCAUAGCAACCAAAGUUUAACAGGAAAUGUUCUGUCUUGGAACAAAGCGGGCCUGCUUUUCUAAUGGUAUGUUCAUCAGAACCAAAGAGAAAGUCCAUCACAUCACCCAUAGUACAUGGGUUUCUUAUCAGCCACUGCAUACAGUUAGGGAACAGAAGUGAGUGUUUACUCCCUAUGAUGGACUAUUGUAUCGAGAAUACAAGCAAUACAACUGAUUUGUGUCUGGGUGGUCUGAGAGAGGAGCAUGUGUCUGUGGGGGGUAGGGUUGCAAAAUUCUGGGAACAUAGAAGAAAUUCACUUGUUUUCCCGAAAUCCCAGUUGGAGGGUUCCCCGGACGCAGGAGGGAGUAAGCAGGACUCAAGUCAUCCAACCAGGACUCAUGGAAAACAAGGGAAUUUAUUGAAAGUUCACAGAAUUUUGCAACCCUAGUGGGAGGUGACAGACUGACUGUUCCAGACACACAUUCAGAGCUUUUGUUUGAAGAAACUAAGUUAUGGAAAUACAUUUUUGUAAUCAAACGUAAUGUGCCUUCGAAAAGUAUUCAGAUCCCUUGACUUUUUCUACAUUUUGUUAGGUUACAGCCUUAUUCUAAAGUUGAUUCAAUUGUAUUAUUUUACUCAU